AUUUUCUCUCUCUCCCUCAUUCUCUCUCGUUCAUUUUCUUCUCUCUCUCCCUCUCUCCCCCGCGCCCCCCUAAUCCCUCAAGGAGGAAGUCUGGGUCGCGUGCGAACCAACUUUGACUCUUAAAUCCUAUUUUGAGUCGUCCCUUGCCAAUAAACCUUGUCCUUGGUGGCUCUCGGGGCUCAAGGCCCCGGCGAGGGCAGUGCUCGUUGCGAACCUGCAGCCAGGUACCCCAGCGCCCCUCUUCCCUCUCUCAUCACCCCGAGACCCAGACCGAGACCGAGACCCCGCCCCCGCCCAGUGUCGGGUUUCCGGACUUUGGUUAUUUUAAGGCGCGCGGUUUGCCCUCCUGCUUCCGUGCCUUCACCUCGCCUCCAGCCCUGCCAGCAUGGGUCCCUGGCCCCGCUCUCAGCUCGCCGCUGCCCUGCUGCUUCUCUGUGGCAUUGGCACUGCGCACGGCGACACACCUGCCAACUGCACCUACCCUGACCUGCUGGGCACCUGGGUCUUUCAGGUGGGCCGUGGAGGUUCCCAGCGUGAUGUCAACUGCUCGUCGAUGGGACCACCAGAAAAAAAAGUAGUGGUACACCUUAAGAAGUUGGAUACAGCAUAUGAUGACUGGGGCAACUCUGGCCAUUUCACCAUCAUUUACAAUCAAGGCUUUGAGAUUGUGUUGAAUGACUACAAGUGGUUUGCCUUUUUUAAGGAUGUCACUGAUUUUAUCAGUCAGUUGUUCAUGCAGCUGGGAACUGUGGGAAUAUAUGAUUUACCAUAUCAGAGGAACAAACUGGUUAUUAAAUAGAGCAUCUGUUAAGGGGGUCUUUUAAGACCACAGCCCAACACAGGCUUGGGGCUAAGAGGCAGACCAGCAUGCAGCACUGGACCUACCUACCUCUGAUGGCCAGCGGAGGCCUCUAGCAGCUACAGACCCUUCUGGAGUCUUUAUGUGCAUGUAAAAUGCAGAGGAGUCCUGGUGACCUACCUCCACGGCAGCUGCCCUCCCCAACAUUUCCAUGGAAAGCAGCCACCGCCACUUUGGAAUGUGAACAGCCAGCGACUACGCAGGAGAAAGACAAAAAUAAUCUGGAAGUCUUAGGUGGCUUUGCCAUUCAGCCUCUGAGUAAAAGGAACAAUAUGCACCAUUUUUUUUCUCUUUUGAAUAUUCUUUUAUUGAUAUGAUUUAUCAGAACAAGCUAGGAUUAGUAAUUUGUAUUUCAUUUUGCUCACAGUGAUCUUUUUGAAUGCCUUUUCUUUCUCUAAUUACCUGAGGAACCCCACCAUCUAUCCUAAGGAGAAGAUAAGGCUUCAGGAUAUCAUGAGAUGCUCAGAUACGUUAUUGGUGGGGAGAUUGUCCUGUGGAAGAGGCUUUCUCAAAUAAAGCAGACUGCUGAAGGGUAUCUUUUUGUUGAUCAUAGGCCUACAGUACCCCUGGCUAAAAAAAGAUGGUCCAAUGAAUAUAUUUUAUGGGUUUUUUUUGAUUAGGUGCCAUCCUUGUGCUAAGAGUUUGAGGUACUUGACCUUACAAAAACACUGUAAAAUAAAUAUUACUAACUUCAUUUUACAGAUAGGGAUAAUUCGUUUCAUAUAGUACUUAAGCUCACACAGCUUAAGAGUUAAAUGAUAAAGGCUAGUCUUUCAACCCUAAGCACUUCCUUGGGGCUAAAGAGUGAAAGAAAAGCCAUUUCACAAGUACUUGGAGUCACAUUUGGGUAGAUUUUAUGGUGAGUCCCAGUCUGUAAGCACCAGGAUCUUUAAUGGAAUAGAAUAUGCACUGCAUUGGCUCCUGUUGAGAUUUAGGAAAGAAUCGGCUUGAAGCUUAGGUUUCUUUUCCAAAUGAGCCUACUCACUUUCUUUUCUAAGCCAGGGUUCUGUCAUUCAAGAUAAAAAAUUACCUUCCCCUUCCCUUUGUAGUCCCCCAAAUUGGAGGGAGAGCUUCCUAAUCUUCAAAUUAAAUACAACCUAAGUACCUUUGCCAAGUUCACUUCUCUUAAUACCAUUAUUGUUCACACUGAUUGCUAUCAUCUAGCUCUUUCCUUUUAAACAAUGGACUAGUUUCCACCUCAUUUAUUUAGAACUGAUUAAUAUCAGCCUUGGUAAACCCAAAAUGUGGGGCUACACCUAAUUCAUAUUGUCUGGGAGGACCUCCCUCCUGGAUUCCUGCUUAAAGGGAGCAAUCUUUCAUUAGAGAGCCACUUGCCGUCAUUACAUUAGUUCAGAGCUUUUUAUCCGAUCUGGGAGGUACUAGUCUGUGAUUCUGGGAAGGUUGUAUCUUUUAAAGAUGAAGUAACAGUACAGCCGACUCCUUCAACCUGGAUUCGUCCUACCUGUGGACCUGAUAAUUCUCGUUCACUCAGGGCCUCCAUGCCCCUGCUGUGAAGGCCUCCCCAGCUCUCUCCAUCCCUGGGAGAAACACCCUGGCUUUGGUUCCCAUUGUGCUGUGCACACAGCUCUCUGCUCUAGCAGCACUGACUCUGCUGUGAUGUGGUGAUCUGGUGGCAUGUCCUCAUUUUUUUCCAUAUGGAAAAUCUGUUAAUUUCCCUGUCUAUCUUAAGCACCUAAUGUACGUAGAAAUUUCUAGGUACUUGGAAGGUUAACCGCUUCUCUUUUCAAAGAUUUUCACAAGUAAUACCAGUUUACAAAUAAUUCUAUAGGGUUAUAGAAGCACAAAUCAGGAAUGGUACUAUGUUUAUAUUUUUGGAUUUCUGCUUUCAAAUAUAUGAAGUUAUGUGCCUCCAGAAUCCUGAGAGAAUUCAGUGUUUUCAAACUGAUUUUCAGUAUGUAAAUACUGACAAAGCAACCAAUGUGUGUGUGUGUGUGCGCGAGUGCGUGUGUAUGAAUUUAAAAUCAUGUCUACUAAAGUGAUUCUUUCUCUGAGAGUAACUUUGCAUUUAAAUGUUUGUUUUGAUUAUGAAGAAGAGAAGAUUUGGCAGGUAUGGAACUAUAAAUAUUUCUUAGAAGGCUUCGUGGUAUUAUACUGCUUACCAUUCUCCACUGUAAUUGCCUAUGUGUCUCCUCCUCUGGUCUUUAAACUCUGUGAUUGUGGGGAUCAACUCUGUAUUAGACGAUUUUAUUCCCUAUGUGUAGCACAAAAUGUGAAAAAUAAUGGGGCUUCAAUAAAUAUUUGUAAAAGAAAGGGAAUCAAAUAAUA